CCUCCUUGCUCUUCUCUCACCUUUCAAUUUCCUCCACUUCAUCCUGCCUGCGCUGCGGGUCGUUCCCCGCAGCUGCUGAGGAUAUUGACUGAUCUCCGUCUGUGUCUCAGGCGGGCCGGGUUCAGGGAAGGCUCUGCAGUGCGAACGGCUGGAGGAGCGGUUCGGCCUGCGCCACGUCACCCUGGGCGACCUGUUGUGUAGCGAGAUGCAGAGCCACAGCGAAAGAGGGCGCCACCUACAGGACAUUCUAGAGAGAGGAGAGAAACUGCCAGAGGAGACGCUGCUGGAGCUGCUGUGUGACGCCGUGGCAUCGGCGGUCCGACAGGGAAAGGGUCUGGUAGUGAGCGGCUUCCCCAGAGACCUGAGGCAGGCGGAGGAGUACGAAGCCAAGAUGGGGGAACCGAGUGCCGUGGUUCUGCUGAGCUGUUCUCCAGAGACGAUGACCAGCAGGGUGCAGAGCCGCAGCAGAUCCUCCUCUUCCUCAGAGAGCGCCCUGCAGAGGAGAGCCGAGAGCUUCUGCAGCGACGCCCAGGCCGUCAUCGCUCACUAUGAACGCAAAAUGCUGCUGCACACCAUUGACGCCGAGCGGUCGCCACCUGAGGUUUUUGUCCACAUCUGUCAAGCCAUAGAGUCUUCUGCCACCUUCUGAUUUCCACCGUUUACACCAGGGGUGUCCAUUGUCCAGGACUGAUUCUGUGUGGCCCCCAAUCACAAUUCGAAAAUUACACAAGUUUUGAUGCAGAUGGAGACCUUUUGUUUUAAAUCAGGGUAAAAUUAUUACAAUUUAAAAUCUUCUUGUAUGGAAAAUGUUUGAUGCAAUACAAAGUAUUCAUCCUUUUAUUACCACACUUUCUGCAUUCUCUUUAAUUUUUUAGCUAAUAGGAACACAUCUGUUUAAUAAUUUUUAUUUAAAAUUAGCUUUUAAUGUAUUACACAUGGCUAAAGUUUUAUCCAAAACCUGACCCAAAUCCUGUUUUUUAUAACUGAGACUACUUUGCCCCCCAAACAAGUCAUUAUAAGGCAAAUGUGCAAAGUCUUUUUUAA